CUACACCCACUGUGAUUUCAUCAUGCACUCUUAACAGCAGAACAGACAGAAAUAUUCAUGAGGUGAAAGGAGUUUCUUUAAUAUCGCACAGUGUCCAGAAAUGUAAAGUUCCAUCUACACAAGAUGGCAAGCAAUCCAGAAGUGCUGCAGGAUGUAACAGAUCAACGGGAUCAAACUGGUCAAGUCCAGACCAUCAGACUUCAGAAUGAACCCGUCCAGACCUUUACAGCUCAGACUGGAGGAACAGUCAAUGCACCUCUUCUACAUGGAAGUGUGUUUCAUGGCCCAGUUAAUUUCAACUUUGGAUACAAAGCUGAUGAAAAAGAAGUACCUGGUCAGAGUACAGCAGCCUCCUCCACUGCAGCUCAGACUGGAGAAUCAGUUAAUGCUCUCACUGCAGAAGAUCAACAGCACUGCAUCCAGUUGAAGUCCACCCUCAGGCAUCUAUAUGAACGCAUACUAAUCGGGAAUUCACAGACAGGCCAUACAAAGUUCUUGGAGGAUAUCUACACUGACCUCAUUAUAGUGGAGAAUGAAAGUGGAGGAGUCAUUCAUGAGCAUGAAAUCAAUCAAAUCGAGAUGUCUUUCAACAGACCUGCUGAUAAGGAAGUUUGUGCCAAAUGCAGUGACCUUUUCAAGGUCCAGGCUGGUACCAGUAAAAGAAACAGAAAAGUCUUGACAAUGGGAAUUGCUGGAGUGGGCAAAACUGUAUCAGUUAACAAAUUUGUACUUGACUGGGCAAAGGGAGAAGAGAACCAGGACAUAAACUUUGUUUUCCCUCUUCCCUUCCGUGAACUGAAUCUGAAGAAAGAAAAGAAUUUCAGUUUGAUUGAACUACUGAAUUACUGUUUUUUUUCUUCAAAAACUGGAUUGAAGUCUCUUCCAAAGGAUGAUGGUAAAGUUUUGUUUAUCUUUGAUGGACUGGAUGAGUGCCACUUUCCUCUUUGCUUUGAGGAUGGAGAGGAAGUAAAAGAUAUCAGUGAGAAGACCUCAGUGGGAUCACUGAUCACAAAUCUUAUCAACAGAAAUCUGCUUCCAUUUGCUCUAAUCUGGAUAACUUGCCGACCAGCAGCAGGCCAUCUCAUUCCCCGGGAACACAUCGACCUGGUUACAGAAGUGCGAGGUUUUAAUGAUGAACAAAAGGAGGCAUACUUCAGCAAAUACUAUAAUGAAGACAUGGCAAUGAAAAUGGUUUCACACAUAAAGAAAUCAAGGAGUCUCCACAUCAUGUGUCAAAUCCCAGUGUUCUGCUGGAUCUCUGCCACUGUGCUUCAACCUCUGAUGGUUCAAGACAGCAAUAAGGACAUCCCCACAACCCUGACAGCAAUGUACAUCAGCUUCCUACUGAAGCAGAAAAACUUAAUGAAAAAGAAAUACAGUGAGAAAACCACAACUGUUGAUGCAGAGCACAUCAUUCUGAAGCUUGGUGAACUGGCCUUUUGUAAUCUUGAAAGUGGUACUCUGAUAUUCUGUGAGGGUGAUCUUAUGAAAUGUGGCAUCGAUGUCAGUGAUGGCACUGUGUUCUCAGGAGUGUGCACACAGAUUUUCAGUCAGCAGGAGGGAGUUUCUGAGAGGAACAUUUUCAGCUUUGUGCAUCUGAGUGUUCAGGAAAGCCUUGCAGCAUUAUAUGUGCAUUACUCACACAGUAACAAGAAAAGGGAUGCAUUCAAACAGGACACAUUCCUGAACAAGCUUAAAAGAAAGAAUAAGAGAAUAACAGAUCUCCAUAAGUUUGCAGUAGAAAGAGCUUUGCAGAAUGAAAAAGGACACCUGGAUCUCUUCCUCCGUUUCCUCCUGGGCCUCUCACUGGAGGAUAGUCGGCAUGUCCUAACUGAACUUCUGCCAAAUCUGAAGAUCAAAGCAGAGAGUGUUAAGGACACAGCUGACUAUAUCAAGAAGAAACUGCAUGAAGAAAUGUCAUUUGACAGAAACAUGAAUCUCUUCCACUGUUUGAGUGAACUCAAAGACAAUUCUUUGACAACUGAGAUCCAGAAAUACCUGAACUCAGGAGAUCUCUCAAAACGGAAACUCUCAUCUCCACAGUGGUCAGCUCUGGUGUUUGUGUUACUAAUGUCAGGGGAGACUCAAGAAAAGUUUGAGCUCAAGAAAUACAUGCCAUUAGAGGAAGGACUGAACAGACUACUGCCAGUGUUGAAAAAUACAAGAUGUGCUAUAUUAGCUUCAUGUAAUCUUGGGAUAAAAGCCUGUGAAGAUCUGAAAUCAGUUUUAAACCAACCAAACUCCUCUCUGAAAGAACUUGACCUCAGUAAUAAUGAACUAUUGGAUUCAGGAGUGGAACUGCUCUCUGGUGGACUGAAGAGUUCACACUGCAAACUGGAAAUACUCAGACUACCUUGGUGUAAUCUUGGAAAAAAGACUUGUGAUCAUCUGGAAUCAGUUUUAAAACUGGAAACCUCUUUUCUGAAAGAGCUGGACAUCAGUAACAAUGACCUGCAAGAUUCAGCAGUGGAGAUCCUCUCUUCUGGACUGAAGAGUUCACACUGUAAACUGGAAAUACUCAGAAUUGCUUUGUGUAACCUUGGAAAAAAGACUUGUGAUCAUCUGGAAUCAGUUUUAAAACUGGAAACCUCUUCCCUGAAAGAGCUGGAUAUCAGUAACAAUGACCUCCAAGAUUCAGGCGUGGAGGUUCUCUCUGGUGGACUGAAGAGUUCACACUGUAAACUGGAAAUACUAAGAUUAUCUGGUUGUAUGAUCACAGAGGUAGGCUGUUCUGCUCUGGUUUUAGCUCUGAGUUCAAACCCCACACACCUGAAGGAACUGGAUCUGACCUACAACCACCCAGGAGAGUCAGGACUGAAGCUGCUCUCUGCUAGACUGGAGGAUCCACACUGCUCACUCAACACACUCAGUGUGGAACAUGGAGGUGAGAUAAGAAUCAAACCAGGACUGAAGAAAUAUUCCUGUGAGUUUACUUUGGAUCCAAAUACAGCACACAGAAAACUCUCUCUGUCUGAUGGGAACAGAAAGGUGACAAAAGUGAGAUCUUCUCGGUCAUAUCCUGAGCAUCCAGAGAGAUUUGAUUACUGUACGCAGGUUUUGUGUGGAGAGAGUGUGACUGGACGCUGUUACUGGGAGGCUGAGUGGAGCGGGAGAGAGGCUGAAGUAGCUCUGACAUAUAAAUCAAUCAGCAGGAAAGGAGGCAGUUAUGACAGUGAGUUUGGAGGGAAUGAAAAGUCCUGGAGUCUGAUCUGCUCUGAUAACAGUUACUCUGUCUAUCACAAUAAGAACAGCACUGCUGUCUCUGCUCCUCCCUCCAGCUGUAAGAGAGUAGGAGUGUAUGUGGACUGUCCUGCCGGCACUCUUUCCUUCUACAGCAUCUCCUCUGAUACACACACACUGAUACGCCUACACACAUUCAACACUACAUUCACUGAACCGCUCUAUGCUGGAUUUAGAGUUGAUCAUCAAGACAACUCAGUGUAUAUGUGUGUGUGAGAUAAAAUGACAUGGUGUGUUUGUGUAUGCAUGUGAUUUGUCUACUUUGAUCAUAAAUGGCAAUGUUCAGUUAAACACAUUGUAUAGAAUCAUUACCUCAUUCUUUUUUUCUCGUUGGAUCCUCUAUGAAUUUGUAAAUGAAGGUGGAAAUAAAGCUUUGUCUUUUCCUGUGGAAGCUUAUAAGUGCUUUAUCUUUGAACAUUCUGUAUUUUACUCUAUAUUUCUCUGGUUUGGAGACGAUGAUGCAGAUGAAAAUGAU